CUCCAUAAUAAUCCGUGCUACUAUAUUAAAAUAAGAAAGAAUGAGUUAAGAAGGUUCAAGGAAAGUUAAUCGAGUUAGUAAGAAUAUCGUUAUAUAUAUGGUUUUCUUAAGUAUCCCAAGGUGACACGGUUACCUAAAGGAUUUGAAAUCACGCUAUGAGUAUGUAUAUGAGGUAAUGCGAGUGACCUUUUAAAAGUAUUUGAUAUUAUUAGUAACGAUAUAGAGGAUGGACAAAAGAUAUGAAUAUACUUUUGCGAUUGGAGUUUCGUCGAAGCUUUGUGAGUUCUCUAGUUAUGUUUAAGGUUAUUGUGAUUCUCCGGACCCUUCGAGAUGCGUAUAUGGAUUUUUAUGGAUGUAUAUAAGUGUGUAUACAUAUGUAUAAGAGGUUACAUGAGGUUGGGAGAGGACUAGAAGUUAAACGAAAUGAAUCGGAACAACCUCAGAAAAAUCUCGGACCCGAUUUUAGCCUAUAUUGUAGGAGGCAUAUCUUCUAGUAUAUAAUGAGUUUUAAGGUGUUUCAAAAGGCUAAAAUUAAGUUCAUCGAGUCUAGUUUACAACGCAACAAACCGCUCGUCCAAAUAAUAUCGGGAUAAGGAGAUAUGGACGAUGCAAGUUGGAUUAUUAAGUGGGGAUUAAGACUUAAAUGUAUACAAAUUUUGCACUAGUGGCCGUGUGGGCCCCACUACCACAUGACAAAAUCAGAUUUUUGCCAUACUUUAAUGGGGGAAACGUUCAAGACAAUAUUGGGCAGAAAAAUGGUCUAUUUUGUUUACCAAAGUUGCAUGCCACAACUCACUUCCCAAUCCCACAAAGUGAACAAAAAUCUGCCCAUUAUUUUAAAGCCAUGUUUGGCCGUGUAGAAUAAUGAAAUGGUCAAAGAUUCUUGACCCAAGUUAGUGUGGUACACAUGGCCAAAACAUGGGGGGAAUACAUAAUGUGAAAAAUCUGAUUCACAAUCAACUCACAAGUUCAUUUCAACACUUACAAACUAAGAACACUUAGAGAGAGAAGGGAGCUCUCGGCCAAGAACUAGCCGAGAGUGAGGUCCAAAAAUUUGCUCCAAAAUUUCAGUCUUCUCCAUCUAAUUUACUCCUCAUCUAGUGUAUAAGAAGGUGUGUUAGUUGUUUAAGAGAAACAAGAAAGUGAAGCACCCAAAUAGAGUUGAAAAUUCGUUCAAGGGAAGCACAAGAUUGAAAGGUAAGAAUGUUUGUUGUUUCUUGUGUUGCAUGAUGAUGUAUAGUUCAUACAUGUUGUUGUUGGAUGGUGGUUAUAGUUGAAGUAGAGAGUGAGCCGUGUGAGAGGUGAGUUUAUGACUGAUUUAAUUGUGCAUGUAUUGUUAGUGAAUUGAAUAUGUAUCAACAUAUGUAAAUGAACAAAGAUUGUGGGAGUUUGGUUGUGAUGUUGCAUGUUGGCUAUUGGACUGUUUUUGCUCGAAAUUAAAAUGAAUCAUGUGUUGAAGAUUCUGAUGAAGUCAUGCUUAAUCUUGUUGAACAUGUAUUGGAAAUGAAUUGAAUGCAUUGUAGUUGGAUAAACGAAUGAAAAUCAUGAAGUUGGAGUAGUUGUGAUGAAACCGGGUAGGGGGCUGUUUUGGACGAAUUCAUGGACUGUUUUGGGCUAUAAUUUGAUUGUUGUUGUUGUGGACAUUGUAGUGUAUUGUAUGCAUGUUUAAUAUGUAAAUUAAGGUGUUCAAGAAACGAAUUAUGUUGAGGGGUAAGGGCAGUCCAAAAACCGUGGACAGUUUUAGGGAUUAGAAGUGAAAUUGUGUGUGUUGAAUGUUGGUUUUUGUUGCAAACGUGUAGUGAAUGUAAAAUGCCAUGAUUCAAGUUAAAACUGAACUGAUUGUGGGCUGUUGUAAGAGUGAAGAUGAUGCUAAAACAGUUCCAAGAUUUCAUGAAGGUAAAGUCAUGAAAAGUGUUGUGUUGUUGCAAGUUAAAAAUUGGAAAAUUGCUAAGUAAGAAUGGAAAUGAUGUGUGUGUUGGGUUGCCCUGUGUAUGAGACUGUUUUGGGUGGUGUAGGGACUGCCCAAGUUCCCUAAGUCAUGCUUAAACAAGUUUUGAUCAAUAUAUGAAAGAACGACUAGCCAUGUUAGCUUGUAACGCUAGUUGGGUUAAAUGCGAACGAAACGUCGUUUAAUUGUUAGAAAGGAGUUGUGAAUGUCACAAUACGUGUUGAAUGCCCUUGUAGACUAAUUGUAGUUCUUCACAUCUUGAUAUAGGAUAAGUGUUUUUGGGCAGCAAGUACAAGUUAGAAUACAACUAAACGCAAAAGGUAUGUAAAGCCUAUUCCUUCUUUCUUUUGGCAUGUCCUAGACGUAAGUAUGAAACGAUAUGAACCUUGGGGUAAAUUCUAUUCUCUAGUUCCAUGCAUGACUUAUGAUUCUAUAUUUCCUUAAUGCUAUUGUCACAAGCCUACUAUAUGAUUGACUAAUGAAUGAUGUAUAGAAGUUCCUACUCUUAAAGAAUUGCACAACUAGAGACAUACUUGACUUUCACAAGCUAUACCAUGUUGAAGCGAUAUACGUACAUGAAAUCUGAAACGUUUCUUGUAAUAGUUUGUAUGAGACUUAAGAUGAACUGAAUAUGAAUAUUAUUUUUACACUUUAGAGCUGGUUAGUUGCUUAUCCACUGAGUCUCAAAAAGAUGAAUUGCAUAUAUGUGGUUGCUAUUUAUUCUGCUCGUGCUUACCGCUAUAUCCUUCACUGAGUCCCGGGCCAGGACACGUUCUCGUGCGCAUAUUUACUAUAUUAAUCACCGAGUCCCUCACUAAAGGGCCGGGACACGUUAUAUAUCUAUGUAUAUGAUGAUAUGAUGACAUGAUGAUAUGGAGAUGGUGGCCAGGAGGGCAUAUUCCCUAUUACCGAGUCCCUUAUUAAAGGGCCGGGACACGUCUAUGUUUAUGUUUAUGAUGCUAUGAUUUUAAUUACCGAGUCCCUCAUUAAAGGGCCGGGACACGUUAUAUAUGUUAUAUACAGAAUGAUUUUGCAACUUUGAUUACAAAACUCUAUAACGAUAUUGAUAUGAGAAUGAUACAGAUGAAAUAUGUCCAAAGGCAAGUUUUAUGAAUUUCUGAUUGCUGCAUUGGGUCCUACAUACUUUGUCUCCUUAUGAGUCUAUUACUACAUUUCAUGCUUUACAUGCUCAGUACAUAUUCCGUACUGACCCCCUUUCUUCGGGGGGCUGCGUUCAUGCCCGCAGGUACAGACGCUCGUUUCGGAGAUCCGCCAGCUUAGGACACUAUUUCGGCUAUUUUGGACUGCUCCUUUGUUCCGGAGCUAGCUUGUGUGAUGCCUCCGAAAAAGGCAACGGCUGCCCAGAAGAAAAAGGCGGUGGUAGGAGAGACUAGCCGGGCUCGAAAGGGUACUCGGACCCUUGCUCAGAUAAUGCGUGAUAUUGCGCCCCGGCCAACAGACUCUGCUACGUCAUCAUCAUCAGAGGAGUCUGGAGCACCAGCCGCUGCCAUUAGGGAUCAAGGGACGGCUUCACCAUUGACUCCAGAAGCUCCAGCGCCCGAGCCUCCAGCUCCUCAGCCAGGGGCGGAGGAUAGGACAUUGAGGGAGGCUGUACAGUUAUUGACUACUUUGGUAGCGGGACAGGUUCGCAGACGCGGGCAGAGAGAUUAUGAUGAUGAUGACAGGCGUGAUAGCCUGAGGGUUCGUGAUUUUCUGACAUGCCGUCCCCCAGAGUUUUUCGGGUCUAAGCCCGAGGAGGACCCCCACGACUUCAUUCGGGGAGUGCGGCGCUCAUUGGAUUUGGUCAGGGCUUCAGAGACCGAGUCCGUUGAGUUAGCCUCGCACAGAUUACGAGAUGUUGCUGCCAAUUGGUAUGAGUCUUGGGAGCUGUCCAGAGGUGAGAGGGCUUCCCCAGCUACUUGGGAUGAGUUUGUGACUGCUUUUCUCCGCCACUUUCUGCCCCCGGAGUUACGGCGGGCACGGGUUGAUAAAUUUUUACAGUUGCGGCAGAACGGCCGGAGUGUUCGCGAGUAUAACCUGGAGUUUGAUUCUUUGGCUCGAUAUGCCCCUGCUAUAGUAGCGGAUAUGGCUGACCGUAUGCACCGGUAUGUGAUAGGAUUGGACCGCUACUUGAUUGACGGUUGCAUGGCGAUGGCGUCACAGACAGAUAUGGAUAUCGCCCGGUUACAGGCCCAUGCCCAGGGUAUGGAGGACCGAUACAGGGCCGAUUAUGCUGGUAGGGAUCAGUCGGGCAGAGAUCGUGAUAGGAGACCGCCCAAGCGGGCCAGGUCAGCUGGGUAUUUUGGUGAGUUUCGGGGCGGGCAACCCCAACAGCAGCAUAAUAGCUACCCUUCUCAGCCGGCACAGAGUGAACCUCCACGAUUCACUGGUAGGAGGUUUGAUAGCACAGGGUAUUCGGAAGCUGGUCAAAGCUCCAUGACUUCAGGUUUCCAGAUGCACAGGGAUUCAGGCCAGGCGAGGCCAUCUAUACCACAGUGCCCUCGAUGUGGCAGGCGCCAUCUGGGGGAAUGCCGCCGCAUUACUGGUGCUUGUUUCUCUUGCGGACGUCAAGGCCAUACUAUGAGGGAGUGUCGAUUUGGGGGUGGUGCAGGUGGUGCAGCUCAGCCUACGGGAUCAGUUGCUGGUUCUUCUUCUUCAGUUGCCAUGCGUCCUAUGGGACAAGGUAUUCCGAUACCAGCAGGCCGUGGCAGAGGCCGUGGAGGGGCUUCCAGUUCUGGCGGUCCUUCAAACCGCUUAUAUGCUUUAGCUAGCAGACAGGAUCAGGAGGCGUCGCCAAAUGUGGUCACAGGUAUACUAUCGAUUUUCUCCCGAGAUGUAUAUGCAUUGAUAGACCCAGGAUCCACACUGUCAUAUAUUCACCCUUUGUUGUAAAAAAAAAAAAAAAAAAAAAAAAAAAAAAAAAAAAAAAAAAAAAAAAAAAAAAAAAAAAAAAAAAAUAUAUAUAUAUAUAGGGAUAAAUUAUGACGAGCUUAUAGUAAAAGGAGUAGUAGUAUGAUUAAGAUGAGAGUACGGAGGAAAAUGAAUUGUGACGGAUGUGAAUGUAUUGGUAAGACAGGCUGUGAGGUAGUGAAGGAUAAGAUUUACUAGGAAGGGUAAAAGGUUAAGUAUGCUUAUACAACACUAAUGUAACAUUCGAGGACGAAUGUUCCUAAGGGGGGAAGAAUGUUACACUCCAUAAUAAUCCGUGCUACUAUAUUAAAAUAAGAAAGAAUGAGUUAAGAAGGUUCAAGGAAAGUUAAUCGAGUUAGUAAGAAUAUCGUUAUAUAUAUGGUUUUCUUAAGUAUCCCAAGGUGACACGGUUACCUAAAGGAUUUGAAAUCACGCUAUGAGUAUGUAUAUGAGGUAAUGCGAGUGACCUUUUAAAAGUAUUUGAUAUUAUUAGUAACGAUAUAGAGGAUGGACAAAAGAUAUGAAUAUACUUUUGCGAUUGGAGUUUCGUCGAAGCUUUGUGAGUUCUCUAGUUAUGUUUAAGGUUAUUGUGAUUCUCCGGACCCUUCGAGAUGCGUAUAUGGAUUUUUAUGGAUGUAUAUAAGUGUGUAUACAUAUGUAUAAGAGGUUACAUGAGGUUGGGAGAGGACUAGAAGUUAAACGAAAUGAAUCGGAACAACCUCAGAAAAAUCUCGGACCCGAUUUUAGCCUAUAUUGUAGGAGGCAUAUCUUCUAGUAUAUAAUGAGUUUUAAGGUGUUUCAAAAGGCUAAAAUUAAGUUCAUCGAGUCUAGUUUACAACGCAACAAACCGCUCGUCCAAAUAAUAUCGGGAUAAGGAGAUAUGGACGAUGCAAGUUGGAUUAUUAAGUGGGGAUUAAGACUUAAAUGUAUACAAAUUUUGCACUAGUGGCCGUGUGGGCCCCACUACCACAUGACAAAAUCAGAUUUUUGCCAUACUUUAAUGGGGGAAACGUUCAAGACAAUAUUGGGCAGAAAAAUGGUCUAUUUUGUUUACCAAAGUUGCAUGCCACAACUCACUUCCCAAUCCCACAAAGUGAACAAAAAUCUGCCCAUUAUUUUAAAGCCAUGUUUGGCCGUGUAGAAUAAUGAAAUGGUCAAAGAUUCUUGACCCAAGUUAGUGUGGUACACAUGGCCAAAACAUGGGGGGAAUACAUAAUGUGAAAAAUCUGAUUCACAAUCAACUCACAAGUUCAUUUCAACACUUACAAACUAAGAACACUUAGAGAGAGAAGGGAGCUCUCGGCCAAGAACUAGCCGAGAGUGAGGUCCAAAAAUUUGCUCCAAAAUUUCAGUCUUCUCCAUCUAAUUUACUCCUCAUCUAGUGUAUAAGAAGGUGUGUUAGUUGUUUAAGAGAAACAAGAAAGUGAAGCACCCAAAUAGAGUUGAAAAUUCGUUCAAGGGAAGCACAAGAUUGAAAGGUAAGAAUGUUUGUUGUUUCUUGUGUUGCAUGAUGAUGUAUAGUUCAUACAUGUUGUUGUUGGAUGGUGGUUAUAGUUGAAGUAGAGAGUGAGCCGUGUGAGAGGUGAGUUUAUGACUGAUUUAAUUGUGCAUGUAUUGUUAGUGAAUUGAAUAUGUAUCAACAUAUGUAAAUGAACAAAGAUUGUGGGAGUUUGGUUGUGAUGUUGCAUGUUGGCUAUUGGACUGUUUUUGCUCGAAAUUAAAAUGAAUCAUGUGUUGAAGAUUCUGAUGAAGUCAUGCUUAAUCUUGUUGAACAUGUAUUGGAAAUGAAUUGAAUGCAUUGUAGUUGGAUAAACGAAUGAAAAUCAUGAAGUUGGAGUAGUUGUGAUGAAACCGGGUAGGGGGCUGUUUUGGACGAAUUCAUGGACUGUUUUGGGCUAUAAUUUGAUUGUUGUUGUUGUGGACAUUGUAGUGUAUUGUAUGCAUGUUUAAUAUGUAAAUUAAGGUGUUCAAGAAACGAAUUAUGUUGAGGGGUAAGGGCAGUCCAAAAACCGUGGACAGUUUUAGGGAUUAGAAGUGAAAUUGUGUGUGUUGAAUGUUGGUUUUUGUUGCAAACGUGUAGUGAAUGUAAAAUGCCAUGAUUCAAGUUAAAACUGAACUGAUUGUGGGCUGUUGUAAGAGUGAAGAUGAUGCUAAAACAGUUCCAAGAUUUCAUGAAGGUAAAGUCAUGAAAAGUGUUGUGUUGUUGCAAGUUAAAAAUUGGAAAAUUGCUAAGUAAGAAUGGAAAUGAUGUGUGUGUUGGGUUGCCCUGUGUAUGAGACUGUUUUGGGUGGUGUAGGGACUGCCCAAGUUCCCUAAGUCAUGCUUAAACAAGUUUUGAUCAAUAUAUGAAAGAACGACUAGCCAUGUUAGCUUGUAACGCUAGUUGGGUUAAAUGCGAACGAAACGUCGUUUAAUUGUUAGAAAGGAGUUGUGAAUGUCACAAUACGUGUUGAAUGCCCUUGUAGACUAAUUGUAGUUCUUCACAUCUUGAUAUAGGAUAAGUGUUUUUGGGCAGCAAGUACAAGUUAGAAUACAACUAAACGCAAAAGGUAUGUAAAGCCUAUUCCUUCUUUCUUUUGGCAUGUCCUAGACGUAAGUAUGAAACGAUAUGAACCUUGGGGUAAAUUCUAUUCUCUAGUUCCAUGCAUGACUUAUGAUUCUAUAUUUCCUUAAUGCUAUUGUCACAAGCCUACUAUAUGAUUGACUAAUGAAUGAUGUAUAGAAGUUCCUACUCUUAAAGAAUUGCACAACUAGAGACAUACUUGACUUUCACAAGCUAUACCAUGUUGAAGCGAUAUACGUACAUGAAAUCUGAAACGUUUCUUGUAAUAGUUUGUAUGAGACUUAAGAUGAACUGAAUAUGAAUAUUAUUUUUACACUUUAGAGCUGGUUAGUUGCUUAUCCACUGAGUCUCAAAAAGAUGAAUUGCAUAUAUGUGGUUGCUAUUUAUUCUGCUCGUGCUUACCGCUAUAUCCUUCACUGAGUCCCGGGCCAGGACACGUUCUCGUGCGCAUAUUUACUAUAUUAAUCACCGAGUCCCUCACUAAAGGGCCGGGACACGUUAUAUAUCUAUGUAUAUGAUGAUAUGAUGACAUGAUGAUAUGGAGAUGGUGGCCAGGAGGGCAUAUUCCCUAUUACCGAGUCCCUUAUUAAAGGGCCGGGACACGUCUAUGUUUAUGUUUAUGAUGCUAUGAUUUUAAUUACCGAGUCCCUCAUUAAAGGGCCGGGACACGUUAUAUAUGUUAUAUACAGAAUGAUUUUGCAACUUUGAUUACAAAACUCUAUAACGAUAUUGAUAUGAGAAUGAUACAGAUGAAAUAUGUCCAAAGGCAAGUUUUAUGAAUUUCUGAUUGCUGCAUUGGGUCCUACAUACUUUGUCUCCUUAUGAGUCUAUUACUACAUUUCAUGCUUUACAUGCUCAGUACAUAUUCCGUACUGACCCCCUUUCUUCGGGGGGCUGCGUUCAUGCCCGCAGGUACAGACGCUCGUUUCGGAGAUCCGCCAGCUUAGGACACUAUUUCGGCUAUUUUGGACUGCUCCUUUGUUCCGGAGCUAGCUUGUGGUAUAACUCCCUUAUGUUGUAUUCGUAGGUGUUUAUUUGGGUAUGGCGGGGCCCUGUCCCGCCACAUAAUACGGUCAUUACUCUUAGAGGUCUGUGGACAUCGGUGUGGGUCUGUUUGUAGUUGUUGAUGCGUUUUAUGUCUAUGACUUAUGUUUGGGGCGUACCCAUUCGUAAUGGCAGCCUUGUCGGCUCGCACAUGUAUAUGUUGUUCUGUUGGCCCUGUGUGGCCUUUGUUGGAAUUUGCUGUGUACAGGGUUAUUUUGGAUAGUCCGAAAAACAAAGGAAACUCUGCCGAAAUUUUCUUUGAAAAUCUUAUAAAUUUGAAACA